UGCCGGGUCUUCUGAAAGCCUUUUCCUUAGCAGUCGCAACGUGUACUUUCUACACCCAAAGACUUGGUUCAGUUUGUGUGCAAUGGGUCGCCGCAAGUCCAAGAGAAAGCCCCCUCCUAAGAAGAAGAUGACGGGAGAUCUGGACUCUCAGUUCACCUGUCCCUUCUGCAACCACGAGAAGUCAUGUGAUGUCAAAAUGGAGCGGAGCAGAAAUACUGGGAUUAUAUCAUGCACAGUCUGCUUGGAGGAGUUCCAGACGCCCAUUACCUAUCUGUCAGAGCCAGUUGAUGUGUACAGUGAUUGGAUAGAUGCCUGUGAAGCAGCCAAUCAGUAGCCCUCUUGGAGCUGGAUGUCUUUCAGGAACGGGAUGAGGAUGUGGCCGGUGGUCCUGGGCCGAUUCCAGUCAAGCUGCUCAGAAGACAUUGAUGAAACUUUUGUUAUUCGCAGGUUUCCACAUGGUCACUUGAGCUUUACAGCUGUGUGAACAGGAGUUUCAUGUAUGAGGUCUUCAGCACAAACCUUCUGACUGCUCCACUUUCUGUCAGCCACAACUCUCAUUCUGACUGCUGAGAUUUAUUUCAUCAUGUGUUUUAGUCACCGUACCCUUUCUGUUUUCAUUACUUGUUUUGGAUGACUCCCAAAGAUCCUCAAGAUGCAGCCGUCAAAUAGUAGAUGUUGAAGAUUCUGAAAAAAAGUGUCCUGCUUUGUAUUUUGUUUUUGACUAUCCUUAGCUGCACAAAUACAGUUUUAGAUAAGAGGCCUGUAGCGCAAGAGAAUGGACUCCCGUCUUGGCACUUCUUACAUGAAAACGAUAGAAAAUAAAAUCUUUUUGGAUAGCGUGAUGAGAACGAGCCGUGUGAAUAUGUGGAUCUUGACAGAAACGUUUGAUAAAAAGAAUACAGUGACUUUUCCACACAUUCAUUCUCUAUAAUAAACUUUGACACUAGCAGCAGGGCCUAAAUUUCCAGGUAGGCUGCAGAGUUCAAGUACGAUGUUACGGCUUGUGCCCACAGUACUGAUUACCCACAGCUCUCCUCGCCCUCAUAAAGACAGUCGUGUCACAACAUUGGGUCAUUCCACUGGAGGGAGGAAUUAUGAUGUUAAAGGUUUAAUCGUAGCUGCUACAAUUGUUCUUAAAUCAUUCAGUUUUUUCAGGUGAUUGUAUGUUUUUAGCUUAAAUGUUUUCAAGGAUGACAAGUGUUUGCUAUUAAGUGCUUAUGUACAGAAUGGUAUAAAAUCCUGAAGUCAAGCAAUGAUAUUGAGAGUUAUUUUCCUAUGCCAGAGCCAUCAGUGUUAAAUAGCAUGACAGCAAUCUGUUUUUUUUAACAGCGUGAAUUUGGUAGCCAUGAUCUUGGAAAUAAAGGAGUAAUAAGACUUGA